GAGAGAGUUUAUCAACGAGUAGGUAACUCCUGCUGAAGAAACAUUCACAGAGUUGAAAGAAAUCAACGUUAAGAUCGAGAAAGAGAUGGAGGAUCAGCGCAGACUGAUGGAUUUUACUCGGAUACCGAAGAUCAUCUUACACCGGAUAGAUCUCCCACAAUGCUGUGCGUUUAAAGAGGAGGAGGUUCUCAAUGAAACAGAACCACAGAAGAACCAACUCAUCUCUGAUGACUCUCCAGAAACUGAGAACCAGGAACAGGAAGGAAGCAAUUCUGAAAACCCAGGAAAAAAGAGAAAGGCAGAAACGAAACAAAAGGAGAAAUAUAAGAAAACCAAAGACCAGAAAGGAAGAACCGACACUGAAAAACAAAAAACACACAAGAAAGCUCACACAGGGCAAAAAUUAUAUUCUUGUAAAAUUUAUGAUAAAACGUUGUCUCGACACAAUCGCAUCAUGAGACACAUGAGAAUUCACACAGGUGAGAAGCCUUUCUCCUGUGGAUCCUGUGGAAAGAGUUUUUCUCGAAAACACCAUCUACAUUCUCAUAUGAGAAUUCACACAGGUGAGAAGCCUUUCUCCUGUGGGUCCUGUGGAAAGAAGUUCAAUGAAAGACAGACUUUAACUCAUCACAUGAGAAUUCACACAGGUGAGAAGCCUUUCUCCUGUGGGUCCUGUGGAAAGAAGUUCAGUGAAAGAUGUACUUUAUCUCGGCACAUGAGAAUUCACACAGGUGAGAAGCCUUUUUCCUGUGGGUCCUGUGGAAAGAGUUUUUCUCAAAAACACCAUCUACAUUCUCAUAUGAGGACUCACACAGGUGAGAAGCCUUUUUCCUGUGGGUCCUGUGGAAAGAGUUUUUCUCGAAAAUACCAUCUACAUUCUCAUAUGAGAAUUCACACAGGUGAGAAGCCUUUUUCCUGUGGGUCCUGUGGAAAGAGUUUUUCUCGAAAAUACCAUCUACAUUCUCAUAUGAGAAUUCACACAGGUGAGAAGCCUUUCUCCUGUGGGUCCUGUGGAAAGAGUUUUUCUCGAAAACACCAUCUACAUUCUCAUAUGAGAAUUCACACAGGUGAGAAACCUUUCUCCUGUGGGUCCUGUGGAAAGAAGUUCAAUGAAAGACAGACUUUAACUCAUCACAUGAGAAUUCACACAGGUGAGAAGCCUUUCUCCUGUGGGUCCUGUGGAAAGAAGUUCCGUGAAAGAUGUACUUUAUCUCGGCACAUGAGAAUUCACACAGGUGAGAAGCCUUUCUCCUGUGGGUCCUGUGGAAAGAGUUUUUCUCGAAAACACCAUCUCCAUUCUCAUAUGAGAAUUCACACAGGUGAGAAGCCUUUCUCUUGUGGGACCUGUGGAAAAUGUUUCAAUAAUAGAAGUAAUUUAACUCACCACAUGAGGAUUCACUCAGACUAGAAGCUUUAGGAACUAAACAUGUUCGAUUCGGUUUUUUGCAUCCGAUACAAUGGAAAAUUUCUUUAAACAGCAAGUAGAAAAUGUUAAAGUCAACAGAUUCUUGCAGGCUGCUAAUGAUUCACUGUGACUGUGUUUUUAACUGUCUGACCAAGAUCAACCUGAGGUCUACUUUUACCUACCAGAUUGUUUUCUUUCAUCCAGUUUUUUGUUUUUCUUAUAUCAUAUUUGUACUUAAGUUCCCAUCAGUAUCCCAUUAGAUACUGAAGUUAAAGAGAGGAACACAUUCAGACAGGAUUCAUUUCUGUGCAUUUCAGUUUUCAUGGAGUUCUGUACCAUGUAAAAUAAUUGAGUUUAUCUUUUACAUUUUUUACGUUUCUGUGUAUGAUUGGAUGUAAAAUACUUUAGAAAUGGAAGCAGUGAAAUGUUCUUGUUUUUCCAUAAAUAAAACUCAAUGAUGUUUGAAAAAAUCUCAAAAAUAAUUUUGAUCUGGUCAGAUUUUGAUUUAGAACUACAAUACUGUAAUGUGACACAAAAAUAAACCAGAAAUCUCUUUUGCAUUUGAAGGAUAUUUAAAAAAUAAACCAUCAAAAAUCCAUAAGUUAAUCAACUCGCUCAAUUCCUUCUGUUGGAUUAUUGAUCCUUUUCAGUUUUGUUGUCAAAUUGUUGAUUUUAUGGCUUUAAUUAAAGUGAUCUGUUUAAUAAAUAUAUCAGACAUAAAAACAGGCCAAGAAUUUGUCAAAAUAAUCAGAAUAUUUUUUUUGUUUUGCUGCUUUAAUUAAAGUGAUCUGUCU